AUGCUACGACCGGGAGUUCAUCUGAGAAUUGCCUCUUCGUGUAUAGGCUUAGGCAAGCGUGCUAUGACCGGACCUCGCGCUCCCUUGGCACGACGCGUCUUCCCCUGUGCCGGAUGGGAUAUCAUCGAUCCUUCCCACAAAGUCGAAGAAGAGCUAAUUCCAAGCUACAAAUCUGAGAAUUUUUAUCCAGCGCGCAUUGGAGAGGUAUUCAAUCACCGAUAUCAAGUGGUAGGCAAGUUAGGCUAUGGCUCCAGCGCGACUGUGUGGCUCUGCCGCGACUUAGUGGACCACCGUUACGUGUCAUUGAAAAUCAACACGGUCUCAGCAACAGUGGCUCGGGAGAUCGAGGUCUAUGGCCAUUUGAAAACGAUCAAAUCUAGCCAUGCUGGUCAAUCGUGCCUGCGACCGUUAAUCGAGUUCUUUCAAGCCCAGAGUCCAGAUGGAUAUGGUACUCACGAUUGUCUAGUCCACCCACCUCUAGGGAUUAGCUUGGACCAGCUUACUGCGUUACUCCCUGAUGGGGUGAUGACCAGCGCCAUGGUGAGGACCACUAUGCGGAAUAUCCUUGCUGCUCUUGACUUCCUUCAUACCGAGGCAGGUGUCAUACAUACCGAUCUUCAACCAAACAACAUUCUCCUUGGCAUCAAGGACGAUUCCAUUCUGUCCCAAUUCGAACAAGCAGAGUUCGAAACACCUAUACCACGAAAAGUUCUCAAGGAUCGUACUAUUUACCUAUCAAGACCACUCCGCAUCUCUUACGGAACCCCGGUCCUUUGCGAUCUAGGCGAGGCUCGAGUGGGGACUGACCAGCAAUGGGGUGAUAUCAUGCCGGAUAUCUACCGGGCACCAGAGGUCAUCUUGGGUAUGGCUUGGGACAGCAAAGUUGAUAUCUGGAAUGUUGGAAUGCUGAUGUGGGAUCUGUUUGAGCAUCGCCACCUUUUCAAGGCGCGCAAUUCUGCGCGAGAAUUAGAUGAUGGAUGUCAUCUCGCCGAGAUGCAGGCGGUGUUGGGACGCCCUCCUGCUGAGUUUCUUGGUCGCAGCGAAAGGAGUCACCUGUUUUGGGAUAAAAAUGGUGACUGGAAAAAUGCAGCUUCAAUCCCGGAUUACGAUCUUUACACCCUAGAAGGAAGGCUAGAAGGAGACGGAAACGAAAACUUUUUAAGUUUCCUCCGACGAAUGCUACGUUGGCUACCGGAAGAAAGAGCUUCUGCGAAAGAUCUGCUCUUUGAUCCUUGGUUGAUGCAUGGUCUGUUCAAAUAA